AUGGCGGCUAAAAUGGAGAUAACUUUGAGCUUGCAGCCCCAUUCUCCAGAUUCGCCCAAACAAGAGAGGCACAUAAUAGCAAAGCUAGAAGACCGAAGGGAGCCUGCUUUGCAAAAUAACUGCCCGGACCCUGAGCUCUCCCGCCAGCGCUUCAGACAGCUUUGUUAUCAGGAAGUAUCUGGGCCCAUGGAGGCGCUCUGCCGCCUCGGGCAGCUCUGCCGGGACUGGCUGCAGCCCGACCGGCACUCAAAGGAGCACAUCCUGGAGCUGCUGGUGCUGGAGCAGUUUCUGGCCAUCCUGCCCCCAGAGAUCCAGACCUGGGUGAGGAAAAGAUGUCCAGCCAACAGCCAGGAGAUCGUGGACCUGGUGGAAGAGUUUCACAGAGCCUCCAAGAGACCAAAGCAGUGGGUGGCUGUCUGUAUGCAGGGACAGAGGGUGCUCUUGGAGAAAACUGGAGUUCAACUUGGAGAGCAGGAACUGCCUGACUUUCUGGAGGAGACUUCCGAAGCAGGACUUGAGGAGCAGCUGAGCCACCCUCAUGGGGAGAAAGCCCAGCUCCUCCAGGAGCCAAUCCUUAAAUUGGCUGAGACAGAGGCCACCAGAAUGAGAAGUGACAACAAGGAAAACCCACAACAGGAUGGGACUAAAGGAGCAAAGCCUUGUGCAGUUUCAACUGACAGAUGCAAAGAAAAUGGUCUGCAGAGUCCUGAAUCUAGAGUGGUGAAUAUGAGUGAACCCCGAUUAUCACCAAGACAGAUGAGCCCCCCAAAUGCUCAAAAGCCAUUCACUCACCACCAAAGACAUUGUAGGCAAUUGGAAUAUAUUAGCAGCCCCAUAAAAAGCCACCUGUUGAGGGAGGUAAAGAAAAGCAACCAUUUGGAACAUCUUGGGCCCCCAAAGAAAUCUUACAAAUGCGAUCACUGUGGGAAAAGCUUUUCAUUUAAUUCAGAAUUGGAAAGACACAAGAGAGUCCAUACAGGGGAAAGACCCUAUACGUGUGAAGUGUGUGGAAACCGCUUUGGGCGGCAGUCAACCUUGCAGCUGCACCAAAGGAUCCACACUGGAGAGAAACCGUUCCAUUGUGACCUGUGUGGGAAAAGCUUCCGCCAGAAAUCAAACCUUCACAAGCAUCAAAGACUCCACCAUGGAGUCUAA